AUGGCCGACCUGCCGGCGCGCUUCACGACCGACCUCGAGGACAGCCUCAACAUCUCGAUUUCGGCGGCCGACAACAUGGUUGACCAACCCAGCACCUACAACAACAACCGCCGAUGGGACGACCCGCCCGAGGAAGAGCCAACCGUUGCGCCGGACACCAACACCACGCUGAUCCUCGUCAACACCUUCGCCAUGCGCUCGCCCUACUACGCUAGCGAGAUCAUGCACCUCUCCUUCACGCCGUCCGGCGCGCACCUUGUCGCGGCCGUGCCAAAGGGAGAAAACAAGUACAGUCUCAAUCCUGAGGGCCCAUUUGCCCUGGCCGUGUGGUCGGCCGAGACGGGUGCGGCGCUGUCUUGGAACAAGGCGCAGGUUGGGCGAGGUUUCGCGGUCAUGCCGGUGACGGGGCCCGGGGUCAUGGUGGCGUGCCCGUCUCUGACCAUUUACACGCAGCAUGUUGAUUUCAAUAUGUGGGCGAAGUUGGAGGUGUGGGACUGUCGCGACGCGGGGAAGAACCAGCGGCUGCUCAAGCAGGACCACGUUCCGAUCCGGGCGCCCGUGGCGUGGAGUCCGGACGGGACGGUGCUGGUGGGCGUGUCGAUCAGGGAGCCCAGCCGGAUGCUUGUGGUGCGGAUGCAGGGCAGGUACAAGGGAAUGGAGGCCACGGUGGGGAGGGUAUUGAUGGGCCAUGGGGAGGAGGUGACACAGCUGGCUUUCUUGCCGCCUUGGGAAGGGGACGGGAGGGCGCUGGUGAGCGCGGGGACAGAUGGGUAUGUCAGGGUGACGAGUGUCGAGUCUGGGAGGACGCUGAAGAAGAUCGAGAUCGGGAUGAGGGCACGCGCGAGCAUACUAAGGGUGUCGCCGGAUGGGAAGCUGGUAGUGACGGUGUGGGGGAGGGAGGUGGUGCUGUGGUAUUUGGACUCGGGGCGGGUGCACCAUUACAACAUGAACGCGCUGCGGCAGAGCGAAGGGUGGCCGCUCUGUGUGUCGCCGGAUUGCCGGUACCUGGCGUGCCGGACCGAGGAAGGGUUCGACGUUAGCGACGUGGCGACGGGCAAGUUCAGGGGCGAGUAUGCGUGGACAGGCAACCCCAUCACGUCGGCGGCGUUCAACGGCGAGGGGACUCGACUGGCGGUUGGGGAUUACCGAGGGGUGGUUCAGAUGUUUGACAUUGUAACGCCCUGA